GUUGUAAAAGCAGGAAGAGGAAUGUGUUGACCGUCCUCUGGUGGAGUGUGUGCCGUGUAAUCCACACAUUUUAACAUGCUUAGCAGUAUGAAGCAACAGUAGCACACACUUAGUUCGUAGCCCGCUCGAGGUGCCGACAUCUGGGGCAGGAACUGGCCGCAGAGAUGUCUCUAAACCGGUGUGUGUAUUUGUUUUCUCGACUUCAACGCCACAUUAGCACCCGGGCUACCCGCUCCGCUGCUGGGUCCGCACACCAGGCUGGUCCGGUGGUUUGCUGCAGACACGUUUCAUCUAACAGCUCCUCUCCAAAACCUCCGGACACGUCUCUGUUUGUCCCCAUCGCCCUGAAGACGGACAGCUUGUCGGACGGUAGCGUGGGAAUCGAGCUGACGCAACCACUCGACAAAAGUGAACUUCUGAAAGUUCUCAAUCGGUUUUAUAAGAAGAAGGAGAUGCAGAAGCUGGCAGCAGACCAUGGCCUGGACGCUCGUCUGUUCCACCAGGCCUUCAUUAGCUUCAGGAAGUAUGUCCUGGAUGAAACGUCACUUCCCGCCGAUCUGCACAUCAUCCUUAGUGACAUCUGCUCUGGAGCAGGGCAUGUUGAUGAUAUAUACCCGUACUUUAUGCGUCAUGCCAAGCAAAUCUUUCCAAUGCUGGACUGUAUGGAUGACCUGAGAAAGAUCUCAGACCUCAGAGUCCCUGCUAACUGGUACCCCGAUGCUCGUGCCAUCCAGAGGAAGGUGAUUUUCCAUGCCGGUCCCACUAACAGUGGUAAAACCUACCAUGCCAUCCAGCGCUACCUGGCUGCUAAGUCGGGAGUCUACUGUGGCCCCCUGAAACUACUUGCCCAUGAGAUCUUUGAGAAGAGCAACGAUGCUGGAGUGCCCUGUGACCUGGUUACUGGAGAGGAGAGGACCUUCAUGGACUCAGACGGUCGAGCAUCUGGCCAUGUGGCCUGUACCAUUGAGAUGUGCAGUGUCACCACACCUUAUGAGGUGGCUGUAAUCGAUGAAAUUCAAAUGAUCAGAGAUCCUUCCAGAGGAUGGGCCUGGACCAGAGCACUGCUGGGUCUCUGCGCAGAGGAGAUCCACGUGUGUGGCGAACCUGCAGCCAUAGACUUUGUCAGAGAGCUGAUGUACACUACUGGAGAGGAGGUGGAGGUCAACACCUACCAACGGUUGACUCCAUUCUCCAUUUUGGAUCACGCCGUGGAGUCAUUGGAAAACUUGAGACCAGGAGAUUGCAUAGUCUGCUUCAGUAAAAAUGACAUCUACUCCAUAAGCAGACAGAUUGAGGCCAGAGGACUGGAAUGUGCUGUCAUUUAUGGAAGUUUACCUCCUGGCACUAAGCUGUCACAGGCUAAAAAGUUCAAUGACCCUGAUGACCCCUGCAAGAUACUGGUUGCUACAGAUGCUAUAGGCAUGGGCCUUAACCUGAGUAUACGACGUGUCAUCUUCAACAGUCUGAUAAAGCCUAAUGUUAAUGAGAAAGGGGAGAAACAGAUGGAGACCAUCAGCACAUCACAAGCUCUGCAGAUCUCUGGCCGCGCGGGGAGGUUUGCCUCCAAGUUUAAAGAGGGAGAAGUUACCACCAUGCACACAGACGAUCUGCCUGUUCUGAAAGAAAUACUCAGCCUCUCUGUGGAACCCAUAACGACUGCAGGUCUCCAUCCUACAGCAGAGCAGAUAGAGAUGUUUGCGUACCAUCUACCGGACGCUACACUGUCAAACCUUGUUGACAUAUUUGUCAGUCUCUCCCAGGUAGACGGUAUGUAUUUUGUCUGCAAUAUUGACGACUUCAAGUUUCUGGCUGAUAUGAUUCAACACAUUCCGCUCAACCUGAGGUCGCGCUACGUCUUCUGUACUGCUCCCAUCAACAAAAAGCAACCAUUUGUAUGCACCUCCUUCCUAAAGUUUGCCCGUCAGUUCAGUCGUGACGAACCCCUGACCUUCGACUGGGUGGCUCGCCAUGUCAGCUGGCCUCUGUCUGCCCCCAAAAACAUAAAAGACCUGGUUCACUUGGAAGCUGUUCACGAUGUGUUAGAUCUUUACCUCUGGUUAAGCUACCGUUUCAUGGACAUGUUUCCAGACACGGCCUUGGUUCGGGGGACCCAGAAGGAACUCGAUGAGAUCAUACAGCAGGGCGUCCGAAACAUCACCCGGCUCAUCAGAGCCGCUGACCCGACAGUCACCGGCCCGCUGCAGACGCAGGGCAGCAGCGGUGGACAAGCAGGCGGUAAAAACGCAAACGCGGGCAGCAGAGGUCAAAGGGGGCAGCGGGGCCUGGGAGAGACUGACAGCUCCCUGGCCGGUCGUCUGGUGAGAGACGGGCUGUUGACUCCCGAUCUGCUCCGGCAGCUUCAGAGGGAGUGGUCGAAAGAUCGGAAGCAGGAAUUCAGCAAUCAGAGUGCUCUGGCCACAGAACCCGCCAGUAACAACAAAGAGAAGCGAAAGAAGAAAAGGAAAUGAUCAAAAGACGCUGGAGGUCGACGGCUGAUACGUGCCCUGAAUGAUCUGGUGGUUUGGUUUUUACUCCUGGAGGGAUUGUAACCAACUUUUAGCCGCGGCGGUGAAAAGACGCCACGUGUGUCAACACGAGAGCAGUGGACUGAGGUUUACAUCCGAGUACUGGGUCAUUAAAUGUUUCCAUGUGAAUUUCUGUUUUUACGCUGCUAAGGUCUCCUCUUCUGUCCUCCUGUUUAAAUCACGCAAAGAAUCUACUUGGAAACUGUCAAAUUAUCCCAACAACAGACCUUAUUGACCCCACUUGGAUUUUGCUGAAAAAUAAAUAUUACAACACAGGCACAGUUGUUACA